AUGAGAGCAGUUGGAGUUUUGGAUUUGAGUAACAAUAAUCUUAGUGGGACAACUAAAACUACUUUUAGUAUUGGAAACCAACUCAGUGUCAUUAAAUUGCAUGGGAAUAAGCUAGUGGGGAAAGUCCCACGAUCUUUGAUCAAUUGCAAGUAUUUGGAAGCUCUUGAUUUAGGUAACAAUGAGUUGAAUGAUACAUUUCCAAAAUGGUUAGGAACUCUACCAAAUUUGAAAAUUGUAAGCUUGAGAUCAAAUCAGUUGCAUGGUCACAUCAAAGUUUCAAAGAACAAAAACUUGUUUGCCCAACUUCAAAUUCUAGAUGUCUCAUCCAAUGGGUUUAGUGGGAAUUUACCAGCAAGUCUUUUUGAGAAUUUCCAAGCCAUGAGGAUAAAUGAUCCGAACGUGAGAACCCCAGGGUAUGUAGGAGAUACAUUUACUAUUUAUGAGUCUCCUCCGAGAACCCCAGGUUAUAUUCCAAGUAUUGUUGGAGAUCUCGUUGGACUUCAUACGUUAAACUUAUCUCAUAAUCGCUUAGAAGGUCAUAUACCAGCAUCACUGCAACAUUUAUCUAUACUUGAAUCGUUGGGUCUCACAUCUAACAAAAUCGGAGGAGGAAUUCCACAACAACUUGCAUCCCUCACAUUUCUUGCAGUCUUAAACCUUUAUCACAAUCAUCUUGUUGGAUGCAUCCCCAAAGAAAAACAAUUUGAUACAUUUGAGAGGAGUUCAUACCAAGGAAAUUAUGGAUUAUGUGGAUUUCCACUUCCAAAAGAUUGUGGUGGUGAUGAUAGGGUAUCACAAAGGAUAACUCCAGUUGAGCUAGAUCAAGGAGAAGGCGAAGAUUAA